AAAGCCAUAAGCGUAAGCCUAUAAAAUAAACUAGAAACGCUCCCUCCUCCCCGUUUCAGAGAAAUCAGAACAACAAUCAAAUCUCUUCGACCAGAAUUCCGAUCAGAAUCGAUACUUCGUAUAAUUGUCGAUUAGUAGUCCAAGGAAGAAAGAAAAUCACUCUUCAUCAUCACCAUCUUUUCUUUCCCUCCUGCUCUGCUGUUGGACAGAUUAGGAAACCAUAGUUCAGGCGAGAAAAAAGAACAAAAUUUUCAAUGGAAGGAGGAGGGACGGAAGCUUUCCCGGAUUUAGGGAGGCACUGCCAACACUCUGAUUGCCAUCAACUCGAUUUUCUCCCCUUUAAAUGUGGUGCCUGCCAUAAGGUCUUUUGCUCGGAGCACCGAUCCUACAAGGCCCACGACUGCCCCAAAUCGGAGCACAACAGCCGGAAAGUUGUGGUCUGCGAAAUAUGUUCGACGUCGAUUGAGACCACCGGGUAUGACGGUGUAGAUGAGAAAUCUGCACUGAAGAAACACGAGACAUCACGGGAUUGUGACCCCAAAAAGAAGAAGAAGCCCACCUGCCCAGUUAGGCGGUGCAAGGAGGUUUUGACCUUCUCCAACUCCAGCACCUGCAAGCACUGCCAGAUUAAAGUUUGCUUGAAACAUCGAUUUCCAGCAGACCAUGCGUGCUCCAAGCACAUGAUCUCUUCGUUUUCAACUUUGGCCAAGGAUGGGAAGGAAGCCAAUAGCAAAUUCUUGCUUGCUUUGGCUUCAAGAAACGGAAAGGAUUGUGGGAAUAAAACUCGUGGUUCUACUUCACCUCCUGCACCUUCUGUCAAAGCUCAUUGAUCCAAAAAAAAAAAAAAACAGUGGAU